UGUUCUUCACUUUAUGAUCACUGAGCCCCAUUGCCAAAAAUAAAUUGUCUAGCUCACUUUCGUCAUGGGCCUGGAGCUUGAAGGCCCAUGUUGGAAUAUGGACUAGCAAUAUGUAAAGCACUAGGAAACUUUAGAAAUGCCGAGGUCUAAAGAGCCGUUGAACUUUCUUCUGGUGUCAUCUCUUCUCCAUGUAGCAUCCCAAGUUCUCAUAAAGACAGUGAAGUCUGUCACCGCUCGCCUCAACACUUCACUAGAGCAGCUCCUAAACCUGCACCGACAUGGCUUCUUCCAUUCCUGGAAAACUAAAGAGUGUUGCAAGUGUGAUCAACCAUUCAGGAACUCCGCGUCCAUUCUUUCCACGACAGAAUGGAAUCGACUGUUCCAGAAGACAGAAGAAGAUUGCGAGCGGGCACCACAAGUAGAAUGCAGUUGCUGUUUCCAAGCUAGCAACAUCAUAGAUCCUGAUUGUUUUACUAUAAACAUAUCAACAUGCAUUCUUGAAAGAUCCGUUGCUUUAGAGGAAAACGAACUUAAAAACAUUCAGCAGAUUCGGGAUGCCAACAGAAAGCUUGUAGACAAGAGAGAAGAGGCGACAUUGACAGAAGAAGAGUUCACCUCUUUAUCCAGUGACCUCACCAAAGCUCUCCAUGAUAUGAGUAAGAGACAUGGAGAUGAAUAUUAUAACGACAUAGUGGAGAAUAUUCAAAGGAUCGACAAUAGCGAACCGAAUGACGAGGAGGCCAAAAGGAUUCUGGAAAGGUUUGAUCAAGAUAAUCAGGUCCCUCCGAUAUCAGAAGAAAAGAAAGAAAUAUUACGUCAAUUGGAGUAUCAGGGGGAUGACUCAACAAGGUCUGACAUUUCUGUAUGUGGUUCUGAUGUAGAGGACCUACCAGACGAUGUUGAGAUAUUUGGCGAACAAGACCCACUAUUAUUGGCUGAAAGUCAGAUCCCGAAAAAUGGAGACGACAUUUCCGUAGAUUGGGGAGAUAGCGAUGCGGACGAUGAGGAUGAAGAAAAGGAAUAUGGGACACUUCUAAAGAGGAUGAAGGAGAAAUUUGACUACCUCAGUGAAAAAUGUCUGACUGUGGGGAGAGAACUAAGUGAUGUUCGUCUACGAAUGGGCAGCUCCUUAACAGUUCCUGAAAGCAAAGCACAACCAGAAGAAGUUCUGAGACAAGAGCUGAGAGAGAUAGAAAUGAUGAGAAAAUUCAUCGACAAUGAUUUAGAUGAUGAUUUAGAUGAUGAUGUACGUAAAAUAUACUUGCCUUAUGAAAAUUUCCAUGUCUCUAAGAGUCCUGAAGUAAGCCUGGGCCCUCCAUUCAUAAAGCCAACGUAUUACGGAAAAGAGAGAGUGCUUUCUCCACCUCGUCCAAACUUUGCAGCAUACGCUCAAAGCCAGAUUAACAGAAAGCAAUUCUCAAAUGGUCUUUCCUCAAUCAACAACAUCUUCAAGAGAAACCUACACGUGGCUAAUAACUGGACACUGGACCCUAUUCCCCGGAAGUAUGACCAGGGAAUCUUUUUAAAAUCAUCAACUGGUGAUAUCAAGCCAAAGUCAGUGCCAGUAGAGAGCUCCAUUUCCCGUUCUGGAAAUGAAAACGAGGAUACCUUAUCAACUUAUCAGGAGAAUGAUCCUGUCGGAAAGACUAGAAGUCCUAUCACAGCAUCUAUGUUUAAAAUAGAUUACGCCAAAUAUGAGAAAUGCAUAAAGGAUUCAGAGAAAGUUUUGGUAGAUUCCCCUAGAACAAGAAAAGACGUUGGAAGUAUUCUUUGUGAAAGACAACAUGGGCACUACCUUCGUAUGUGCGAACAGCAAUCAAAUGAUCUCAUGAGAAAAACUGAAAAUUUGAAGCAAGAUAUUCAGCGACUCAGGUCAAGAUUUGACAGCUGCGAGCAGCUGCUGUCUGAGAACUUAAAGCUAUAUCAAACCAUGCCAAUAUGUCAGGAUAUGGUGGACGGUGAGGUCAAAACCUUUCCUGUUACUACGUCAUAUAAUGACACACCACGUUCGCCUGCACUUCGAAUGAAAUACCAGACUUCCACCCCUAGAUUAGCAGGCAAGCCAUCUACUUCAGGAUCAAGGUGGAAUGAAUUGGCUCUGAAUUUAGAUGUUGGGUCUGAAACAUCUGAUGAUGAAGAAUCAGUUCUGGAGAAAAGGCACGGUGACUCCCUGAGAAAAUUACACGCUGAGUGUGAAAGCCUGCGACAAAGAUGUACGCGAUCAAAGAGGGAUCUACAAGAAGCACGCGAACAAAUGACUAAUUCCUCAUCACACUUGGACUUGUGGGAAAAUUUUCCUUACGAAUCUAAUUAUAAAGAUGACCUAGACGGACUUGACAACGAAUUAAGCAACAUCAAGUGGAAGCAAGAUAUUUUGGACGAGUCUUAUGAUUCGGCGUACAAUACUUUGGCUAGUGGAAGGUCCACAGGGUAUAGCAUAAAGAGUCGGCCCACCUCCUCCCGAUCUCCAUACACAGACAUCACCAUACCUUCCAUCAACACCCUGUCCACAGCUAGGAAACUGGGGGAUGAGGUGUCACCAGCAUACACUCCCCGGUCCAUGUAUUCACCGGGGUACCAAAGCGAUGAUGAGGACCCUGUACAAGAUUACUACACUCCAAACAAGAUAACAAUCCCAAAACGACUAGAAAAGAAGUCUCCAAUUCUAAAGCCAACACUCCAAAGGACAUCGGACUAUUCCCCAGUUUAUUAUAACAAAAAAGAAUUUGAAGAGAGCAAGGAAGAUCUUGUUCAGGAUGAAGAACUUGAGAUGGAAAAUCAAUACGGGGAGUUCCUUGAUCAGUGUAAGUCGAACUUCUUGACUAUCAGUGCUAAAAGUUUGGAGUUAAAGCAGGAAAUCCGUCGUCUACGCUUCGAUAUGGGAUUAUCAUUAAACCAGAGACAAGAGCCAAAGUUAUCACCGGUGCCAGAAAGGCGUUUUAAUAGGAAGUACAAUCUGAGAAUCCCCAGAUUAGACAUUAGUUUGGAGAACCGGACCAACAAGGUGUCAACGUACAAUACAACAGAGAAAUACCCAGAAAACUGGGCUUAUCCAGAUUCAUGUGAAGAAAACGAAGACGAACCCUACAUUACUGCUUUUGAAAAAGAGCUAUCAGUAGCAGAAGAAAGCUAUGGAAACUUUCUGUCAAGCAUGAAAUCCAAUUUUGACACCUUGAAUGAAAGAAGCAUGCGCACAAAAGAAGAGCUCCGGGCUCUUCGUAAGAAUAUGCUCACGCCGACAAUACAUGUAUAUGGAAGAGGAACGUGCGGUGGAGAAGAAUACUGCCAACCCUACUUCAGUAUGCCAAUGGAAUUAAGUAGUUACUGAGAACUCGUAAACUACACGAAUCAUCAGCUGAUGAACUAACGACAAGGGUGUGAAAGAAUUUAAAUGUGAAUCCAAAAUGAUAACCUUUAAUUGAAGAACUUUGUUGUAAUUUUAUAAAUGAAGUUUGAUUUGAAAUCUGAUCAUUAUUCCAACUACCAUGUACAGGACAAAUGACAAAUUUAGGAAUUCCUUUACUUUGUGUGUGUGUGUGUUUUUAAAAGACUUGGUGAUGGGUUUGUAACUUGUUUUUUUCCCACAUAACCUAAAUAAUUUCGUAAAUUGUGGGAAAUUUUUUCGAAAUGAUCCAAAUUCCAAGUUCUUAGAAUUAAAACCAUGAAAUUAAUCACUUUGUACUGUAAUGUGCAGCCACAAAAAUCAUUGUCUGGUCCAGACUUAUUGCGAUUUUUUAACUAUCAGCACAUUGUUCUUUCAUAGUACUUAUAAAGUAUGUGGACAUUUUCAAAUAAAGGUUAUGAAAAAAGGAAA